AUGUCUUGGAACACAAAAACCUGGUCUUGGGUCAAGAAAUACUUCUCUGUUAACCCUUUAUCUUCUGACGGCAUGCCCGUUGUAGGCAAAUUCCGUACUCCUGCCCCAGCUUCUCGUCCUGAGCAAUACACCUAUCCCAAGUCAUCUGCCUCCAAGAUCCACGACAACUACUACUUUACUCGUGAUACUCGCAGAAACUUCCCUAGACUUGCUGUAUACACUCAACAAGAUGUCGCUCUUCUCCUCGAAGGUGCUCCUGUUAAGCCAAGCCUCUCUGCCGAAGCUGCUACUGAACAAGUUGUCGCUGAGACUGCUGAAACUAAACCUCUCGUUGACGUCUUGAGUUCUCAAAAGCUCUACACCAAGGAGAAGCUUGCUCCUGCUCCUAGAUUUGGCCGUCAAGUCAAUUGGAAGACUUCCGAAGAUUUUAUUCCUCCUAAUGAUGGCUCAUACUUCCCUAUGCAAGUCGUCACCGCCUAA